GCAGCAAACAAGCAAGCAAGGUCCACUCACCGACGCCUGCCCAAGCUUACAAUCAUGUCGCAGCAGUACGCAAAGCCAGCGACAGUAGCUGCGGCUGCCACUGCUGCUGCCACUGCUGCUGCUGCUGCAGGCCGGCCUGCCGACUCCGUGUCGUCAUCGACAGCAACCAUGACCGCGCCGUCCGCGGUCAACUCACGAUCUACACCCUAUGCGCCCUUCACCCCUUCGCCGCUGCAGUGGGUACGCAGCGCCAGCGAGGCGACCGUCGCAUCGUUGGAGGCCGGGGCUACCACUGGCGCUGGGGACAUGACUGCAGAUGUACAUAUGGAGUCGGAGCAAGAGGGUGAAGCGGCAGACGGAACCAGCAGGGCGUACGCAAGUCACCAGGCAAGCCUCACCGCCGCGCUCGACAAGACGGCCGUCAUCUUGAACGAGCUCAAGGACUUCAACUACGGCCGUUGGAUCGUCCACUACCCCGAGAUCAACCCCCCCUUGGCACGCGCAUCGGCCUCCCACGCGACUCAAGACGACGGCGAGCUGCAUCGCUCCACUUCGUCCUCCGACUCGCUCGCCCGUGCCGCAUCACCCCAGCCCAGCAGCCACGCCGCCACGGUCAGCGCGCCCAGUACCCCCGCCCGCCACGUGCUGUCACGUUCAUAUACCCAGCCGCCGCAGAGGCAGCAGAACGACGCGACGCAGGAGCACAAUGGGGAGGAGGACGACGAGGCGGCGGCAGCGGCGUACACAGAAGCAGGUGACCUCAGCAUCCUCCGGCUUGACCUCAAGGUCGGGCACGGCGUGCACAGCAGCGGGCCCUCAUCAUUGGCGCCUGGAAUACCGGGUGUGUCGGGCAUCCAUGCCGCACAGUCGCUAGUGCACUCGCUCGAAAAGUCGUCAGUGGCGCAGCUGCUCGACGGACGCAUGACCCAGGCCAUCCGCCACCUCGAAGCGCUGCGCCUGCGCGUCGGCGACAAGCAGAGCAAGGUCCUCGUCACCGGCGAUCUCAAUGCCGGAAAGUCGACGCUGGUCAACUCGCUCCUGCGCCGCGAGCUGAUGCCAACGGACCAGCAGCCGUGCACGACAGUGUUCUGGGAGGUGCUCGACGCCGACGAGGCCAACGAUGGCUACGAAGAGAUCCAUAUGCUCCGCGACGGCAAGUUCUACCGCCGCGAAGAUGAAAGCACAUACGCGCGCUACACGCUCAGCCAGACCGAGCAGAUCGUCGCGCACGCCGAGGAGCUUGCUGCCGCCGCCGGCGAGAACGCCAUGCCGCCGCUGAUCAAGUGCUACUGCCGCGACCACCGGGCCAAGCCCGAGUCGCUGCUGCGCUCGGGCGUCGUUGACAUUGCGCUCAUCGACGCGCCUGGUCUCAACCGCGACUCGAUCAAGACGACAGCGCUCUUUGCGCGCCAGGAGGAGAUUGACGUCGUCGUCUUUGUCGUCAGCGCCGAGAACCACUUUACGCUCAGUGCCAAGGAGUUCCUCUGGAACGCCAGCAACGACAAGGCUUACGUCUUCAUCGUCGUCAACAAGUUUGACCAGAUCAAGAACAAAGACAAGUGCAGGCGCAUCGUCCUUGAGCAGAUCCGCCAGCUCAGCCCCCGCACGUACGAGGACGCGGACGAACUCGUUCACUUUGUCGACUCGAGCGCCGUCUUCCCUGACGACACUUCAGCGGAUGGCGUAGCAGCAGUAGCGCUGACGGAGGUGGCAGGCAGCGAGCCCGAUAGCAGCAUCGUCGAGACUCCCUCUUCAGAAAGCGGCAAUGGAUCGUCCAAGAAGCUUGCCGGGGAGAACGUCGCAGGAGCAGCAGAAACAGCCACCUCGCCUGAAUCGAACGCAGCGUUUGCCCGACUCGAAACUUCGCUGCGCGACUUUGUCCUACUCAAGCGGUCUAAGUCGAAGCUGCUGCCAGCGCAGACGUACAUCCUGCGCCUGCUCUCCGACAUUGGCUUCCUCGCGCGCACCAACCUCGCCGUCGCCAAGGCCGAGCAGGAGGAAGCGCAGCAGCGCCUCCUUGACGCGCGGCCUGCACUGACUGAGUGUAAGCGGCGCCACGAAAAGCUCAGCGCGCAGCUCGAGGAAGAGGAGGAGCGCACUGUUGGCAGCGUCUCGCGCACCGCGCACGAGCAGCUCCACACGGCUUUGAAGGCUAUCGCGCGCGGCGCUCCGGCGCACGCCGCCUUCUCGCUCCCUGUGUGGCCGGGCCUCUUCGACGUGUGGCAGUACGCUGAGGAGGUGCGCCUGCUCCUCCUUGACAGCCUCGAGGCGGCAGUCAAGGACGUCGAGCACAACGCACGCCUCACGACCGCCGCCGCUGUCUCGACUGUCAAGGCGAUCGGCGAGGAGCAGCUGCCCAAGGACGUUGAGCGGUCCAACCGCGUUUUCCUGCCGCACGCCAUGUUCUCGUCGUCGCGCAACGGCCACAAGGUCGCCCGCAGACUCUACGGCCGUACCGCUAUCCGCCCCGGCAGCAGCGGCAACUUCGCAUGGCUCGGCCUCGGCCCGGACGUCGCGGACCUGCGCUCGACGGAUAUCCUUGACAUCCCGCACUUCAUACAGGCCAUCUUCCCCGUCGCUGUUGCUUGCAAGAGCGGCGGUACAUCGAUCUCGCCGUCCAAGAAGCCUCUCACGGCUGAAGAGGAGGUGGGCCUUGCUGGCAGCGUCACGCUCGGCCUCGGUGCUCUCACACUUGUCGGCGGCAAGGCGCUCGGCGCCAAGGCGGCGCUCGAGCCGUUCCUGCGCGUCUUUGACCUUAUUGGCAACCAGACCGCGCGCAAGUGGGCCGGGCCCAUCCUUGGCCUCAGCGUCGCCGCUGCUGUCGUGUACGUCAUUUACGACCUCCCCAACUCGAUCCCGCGUAACGUCGGGCGCAGCCUGCACGCCGCUGGCAUGCAGCCGCUCAAGGAUAUCGCUGCUUCCGCUGCUAUUGACGACGUUGCAGACUACAUCGGCAAUAACAUAGGCGGCAGCGGCUCGGCGACGUUUACGGCGCUGCACACGCAGCGCGUGUCCCGAGAGGUACGCAAAGUGAUGCGGCUUGCGUCGUACGAUCUGCAAGAGACCUUCCGCGUUGCAAUCGCGCAGCGGGCGCAGCAGGUCCACGACGCCGAGACGCAGGAGCAGUCGGCAAUUGAGGCGGGCGAGUACUUUGGCCGGACGAGUGACCAGGCUCGCGUCCUUCGCAAGCAAGUCGACGCCAUGCACAUCGGCGACGAGCAGGCCAGCGCGUGAGACUCGCGACGACGCACAACGAGCGCCAAGGAGGGAUGGAAGAUGGAAACAAAAGAAAGUGGCAAAUACAAGAACGCAUGCACACACGAUACACCCCACUCCCAAAAUUGUAGCGAAAGGACUCGUUUUUAGUCGCAUCGCACGCCCCACUUAUGACUUCCACGGUGCAUAUUUUCACAACUUUGUAAAAUCCUUCACGAGCUUUCCAAUGUACUUUUGUUAUUUCUCUGUGCCUUGCACCUGCAAGCAACAUGUAC